UAGGUUAGUGGUGUCCAAGUCCAAGUCCAACUCCAAGCAAGAUCCUCCUGAUUCCUAAAUUAUUUAUUUUUCACCAAUAUUUACUUUUUCCGAUAUUUCAAUCUUUGAUUUCAUCGUUGAAUUUUAGGUAUAUCCAUAAAUCCAGAAAUAUCAGUAUGAGGACGACACGGAGGCCGAUCCAAGUCGUGUCGACAUGGGUCCGCCGGCAACCGCCAAAGGUGAAAGCUUUCCUGGCCGUGAUUACCGGUAUGGCGGCGUUGGUGUUGCUACGCGCCAUCGUUCACGAUCACGAUAAUCUCUUCGUCGCCGCCGAAGCUGUUCAUUCAAUUGGAAUCUCCGUUCUCAUCUAUAAGCUCAUGAAAGAAAAAACUUGUGCCGGGCUUUCACUCAAAUCCCAGGAGCUCACUGCUAUGUUUUUGGCUGUUAGACUGUAUUGCAGUUUUGUCAUGGAAUAUGAUAUACACACCUUACUUGAUUUAGCUACGUUAGCUACGACCUUGUGGGUUAUUUAUAUGAUCCGGUUUAAUCUUAGAUCAAGUUACAUGGAGGACAAAGACAAUUUUUUAAUCUAUUAUGUGGUUAUCCCUUGUGCUGCCUUAGCUUUACUAAUUCAUCCAUCUACAUCACAUCUCUUCGUCAAUAGAGUCUUCUGGGCAUUCUGUGUUUACUUGGAGGCAGUUUCUGUGCUACCUCAACUUCGUGUCAUGCAAAACACUAAGAUAGUUGAACCAUUCACAGCUCAUUAUGUAUUUGCAUUGGGUGUUGCAAGGUUCUUAAGCUGUGCUCACUGGGUUCUCCAGGUUUUGGACAGUCGCGGCCAUCUGCUGGUAGCAUUGGGUCAUGGUCUAUGGCCUUCUAUGGUUUUGAUAUCUGAAAUAGUUCAAACCUUCAUCCUAGCAGACUUCUGUUACUACUAUGUUAAAAGUGUUUUCGGUGGACAACUGGUAAUGCGUCUUCCUUCUGGGGUCGUGUAACUGACGAUUGUGAUAGUUAUGGACAGAAAUUUCACAUUCGUUUGUAGCUUUUUUUUUUUUGCUUAUCUUGGGUUUCUCUAGAAGGUCCCAGCUUUUGUCUAGGAUCCUUCAGGUGCAAAAUCAGGUGUGCGCCUUUUGUGAAGUUAGCACUAUCUUAAUUAUAUAAGCAGUAGAUUUUCUUGCUAUCAUAGACUAUUUUACUUUGUUUAGCAGUUAGCACUGACAUAUGGCUUUCGGAUACGUACUCAUUUUUGUACUUAUGUACUAAUCUACCACAAUGAAUGAUCAAUGAUUCUCAUGCA